ACAACUAAUUGACUGACUGGUGAGGUCGUAUUACUUUUAAGUCUUUUAACUGAGAGUCAUUUGUAAUCCCCAAGAUCUUUAUUUGAUCUUCUUUUUAAGUUCAAGUCCCACAAUCUCCAAAGUCCCAAAUGACUCUUUGGGUCUUCUUUCUUUCACACCCAAUAUGAUAAAAAUAUAAGUAGAUUCAAAGUACAUUUGGACUUUGUCAAAGUCAACCCUAUUAUGACAUUAAUGAAAGAUACAAAUCCCUGAUUUGGGUAGAGCAUCCUACAACGACAUUUUAACUAUUUUUAUCCAAAAAAACUUGUGCAAGUUAGGAUGUUAAUAGCAUUAUUCUUUUUCUUCGUCUCCUUACUUCUUCAUCACGAUCAUUGGUUCUGUAAAAUAUACCAAACUACCUCUCUCAUUCUUCUUCUUCUUCUAAGAAGCAUCUUUAGUCGUCUUCUUCUUUUAAAGCCGUUAUCUCUCUUCUUGUUUCUUUUUGUUUUCUUUAACCAUACAUCUUUAAGUACCUCAAUUUCUUCGAGGUUGCUCUUGUCUUGAUCAUCUAUGGGAAAAGCAAAAUCAAUGGUGUCACUCUUGUUGGUGCUCUUCUUUAAGAUCCUUGUUGGAGCUCAGACAGCAGCAACAGAGACAACAACAACAGAGUUCAAUUUCCGAGGUUUUAAAGGAAACCAAUCAGAAAUUCAGAUGGAAGGAGACUCAACCAUUAGACCCAACGGACUAUUGAGGCUCACAGAUAGAAAGUCAAACGUUACCGGUACAGCUUUCUACCACAAACCAGUAAGAUUGCUGGACACUAAUACAAGUUCCGUCACAAACGCCACGGUUCGUUCCUUUAGCACUUCUUUCAUCUUUGUGAUAAUCCCUACAAGCUCAAGCAACGGAGGUUUCGGAUUCACAUUCACACUAUCUCCAACUCCAAACCGUACAGAUGCGGAAUCCGCACAAUACUUGGGGCUUCUCAACGAAAGAAACGACGGGGAUGUGAGCAAUCACGUCUUCGCUGUGGAGUUUGACACCGUACAAGGAUUCAAAGACAGCACAAAUCGACAAGGCAACCACAUCGGUCUAAAUUUCAACAGUCUCUCUUCGGAUGUCCAAGAACCGGUGGCUUAUUACAACAAGAACGAUAGUCAGAAAGAGGAGUUCCAACUGGUGAGCGGCGAGCCAAUCCAAGUCUUCUUGGAGUAUCACGGACCAACCAAAACGCUUAACCUCACUAUCUACCCAACCAGGUUAGGAUAUAAACCAAGAAUUCCUUUGAUCUCACGAGAGGUUCCAAGACUUUCAGAAAUUGUGCAAGAAGAGAUGUAUGUGGGAUUCACAGCAGCGACGGGGAGAGAUCAGUCGAGUGCUCAUUACGUGAUGGGUUGGAGUUUCUCAAGCGGCGGAGAACAUCCACUUGCAGCCCCUACGCUCGACCUCUCGGAGCUUCCUCCUCCACCUCCGAAUAAACCAAAGAAGAGAGGCUACAAUGGUAAAGUCAUCGCUCUGAUCGUGGCUUUAUCUACCGUUAUAUCGAUCAUGUUAGUGUUGUUGUUACUCUUCCUGAUAUACAGAAAGAGAAUGCAACAAGAAGAGAUUCUAGAAGAUUGGGAAAUCGAUCAUCCUCACAGAUUCCGUUACAGAGAUCUCCACAAGGCUACAGACGGAUUCAAGGAGAACAGGAUCGUCGGAACAGGAGGCUUCGGAACUGUUUUCAGAGGAAGCAUCAGAUCUUCGUCGUCUGAUCAAAUCGCAGUGAAGAAGAUAACUCCGAAUAGCAUGCAAGGUGUUCGAGAGUUUGUGGCAGAGAUCGAGAGCUUGGGGAGACUAAGGCAUAAGAAUCUGGUGAAUCUCCAGGGAUGGUGCAAACACAAGAGCGAUCUCUUGCUAAUUUACGAUUAUAUCCCCAACGGAAGCUUGGACUCGCUGCUCUACAGUAAACCUAGAAGGAGCGGCCAAGUUUUGACUUGGAAAGCGCGUUUUCAAAUCGCCAAAGGAAUUGCGUCUGGAUUGUUGUAUCUCCACGAGGAAUGGGAACAGAUCGUUAUUCACAGAGACGUGAAACCUAGCAAUGUCCUGAUUGACUCAGAUAUGAACCCUAGAUUGGGAGAUUUCGGGCUCGCGAGGCUUUACGAACGCGGAUCGCAAUCGCGGACCACCGUAGUCGUCGGGACGAUUGGGUAUAUGGCGCCGGAGCUAGCACGCAACGGAAACUCCUCAUCGGCUUCCGACGUUUUCGCGUUUGGCGUUUUGCUGUUAGAGAUCGUCUCAGGGAGAAAACCAACGGACUCGGGGACCUUCUUCAUAGCCGAUUGGGUUAUGGAGCUGCAAGAGAGCGGCGAGAUCCUAAGCGCGAUCGAUCCGAGACUUGGAUCUGGUGGUUACGACGAAGGAGAAGUGAGGCUAGCUCUCGCCGUCGGGUUGCUCUGUUGCCACCAGAAACCGGGAUCUCGGCCGCAGAUGAGAAUGGUGCUCAGGUACCUGAACAGAGACGAGGACGUUCCUGAGAUUCACGACAAUUGGGGAUAUUCAGAUUCUUCAAGAAUCGAUUUAGGAUCGAAACUGGUCGGAUAUGUUUCGUCGGAUAGGGCUUCCAGCUCACACACAUCUUUGUCUCUCACAAGGAUCUCUUCGACAUCUUUUACCAGUGGUAGAUAGAGUGGCAUUACUUUUGACACAUUCUCAAGCUCUUAACUCUCUUUUUUAUUUUAUGGUUAUCUUAAUUAACUAAUUCAAGUUUCAUUCUGGCACUCU